CAUGGCGGUUGGAAGAACGGCAUUGAUCACGCGUUGGCUGCUGGGAAGAUCUGGAUUCUCGUGUCAUGUCAUCAUCAGAAAAGCUAACUUUGCUGUAUAGUGAGGAUCAGGAGAUCUGAUCCUGAUUGCAGAACCUUUCCUGAUUACAGAAUCUUGGGUUGUAUCUCCCACUUCACCCUUCUAGACCAUCCCAGAAGAUCUAUAAGAUUUCAUAUGGGAAAUCACUGGGAGUUCUUGGAAGGGAAAGAAGGAAGAUUGUUGGUUGGAAUAAAAACAAGGUUGAAUGAAUUCCAGAAAGCAGGAUUCUCAACCUCAUGGACAGCAAUCUGCAGAAGAAGAGAACUUCAGAAAACCAACUAGAAGCAACAUGCAGAGAAGUAAGAUGAGAGGGGUCUCCUCGGGAAAGAAGACCGCUGGUCCACAGCAGAAAAAAUCUUGAACCAGCUCUCCCAGGAAGAUGAGGGGGUCACUGUAGAGAACCCCCUUCAGGAUCCAUGAGGAAGACCAGAAAGAACAAACAGAAGACUCCUGGAAACAGAGACGAUGGCAGUACCAGCAAAGCACCUCAGCCCCUUCGGAAGAAAAGGGCCCGGGCAGACCCCACUGUUGAAAGUGAGGAGGCAUUUAAGAAUAGAAUGGAGGUUAAAGUGAAGAUUCCUGAAGAAUUAAAACCAUGGCUUGUUGAGGACUGGGACUUAGUAACCAGACAGAAGCAGCUGUUUCAACUCCCUGCUAAGAAAAAUAUAGAUGCAAUUCUGGAGGAGUAUGCAAAUUGCAAGAAGUCACAGGGAAAUGUUGAUAAUAAGGAAUAUGCAGUUAAUGAAGUUGUGGCAGGAGUAAAAGAAUAUUUCUUUUUUUUUUUUUUUUUUUUUUGA